AUGUCUGAGUCGCACCUGGAUGAGUACGAGCACUACAACUAUGACCAGGAUAAGUACGCCAAUACCGGACACGGAGGCAAACAGAGGUCCAAGAAGGAGAUCUCGGAUCACACCAAUCAGACCGACCCCAACGGUCACACCAGGAAAAUAGUGAACAAAUUGCAAAACUCAGAGCACAAGAAGGCCAGCCAGAAGCUCGAGAAGAGGCCCAGUCUUAGCUGA